AGCCUGAAGCUUUUCUGUAGAAGUAAUAUGUUUUUUAGUAUUUAGAUACACCUAGAUGUAUGUAUAUACUCAACCUGUAUGAUAAUUUGCUUUUAAUUUUCCCUAGCUUUGAGAUUGGGUCAUAUCAUCUAGGUUUAGGUAUCCUAUCAUGGACCAUGAUAGAACUAGAAUGUUUUUAAUGUUUUGCAACAGCAAAGCAAGGCUCAGAGAUUUGCUGUCCCUUAGGCUUUGUUCAGCUGCAGGCCCACAACUCAUGUGUGCUCAGGGGCCCCUAUAUGGCUUGAGAAGACAUAGUCAUAAAUACAUAAAUCUCUUUUAAAAAUGUUAAAUUACUAUAAUGAUAUAGGUAUUGGUGGAAAAUGGUUAAAAACAGAGUGUAAAUGAUCAGUAGGAAUCUGAGUAUUUGAUCAUAGUUAAGUUGUAAUUGGCAGACAUUGUCAACACAUCUUGCCAUAUCUUAUUCUCAUUUUCAACCACAUUUGAUUCAAGAAUGUUUUGUGCUUUUUUGGCAACUAUUUAACAAGAUGGUACAAGGCAACAUGUGGUGCUAGUGUGUUAUGUAAACCGCUAUGAUAACAAUCUUUUUGUAUGCCAAGUGAAGUAAUCAAAGGUUCUCAUAUGUAUUGUUGAUUAGGACUCUCUGGAUGAAGAUUCCCUGCAGCCUAGAGAUCCAAGUGAACUUUCUGCAGUGUUUUCUGGAAGUCCCACAUUUGAAACAGAGACAGUCAGAAUUAAACAGGAAAUAAAAAAGGAGUUCUCAAGUGAUGAUGAGGAGGAAUCUACAGAGAUUUCUAUAAAACAAGAAGUAUGUAUUGAGAAAAUCAAACAAGAAACAAAAGAGGAACCUGGCACUAAUGGUACAAACCAUCUAUUGUAUGCUACUCCAGUUAAACAAGAAAUAAAGUCAGAACCUGCUGAAACUCCUGACCCUUCUCCUUUUAAUAAAGAGGCAUUUCAUUAUUUUCAUAUUGAGAGCCCAGCAGAGGAUAAUAAAAGCUCUAAAAAUACCCCUAAAGAAGAUUUAAGGAAAAUUGCAAAGACUGCUAAAAGGACAGUUUUUAAUAGAUAUAUGACAUAUGAGAACAAUAAAGCUGAAACAAGACAAUCAGUAAAAGAGAGGUUAGGACCACCACCUCAGAAAGAACAUGCAAGUAAAGGAACAACAGAAUCUAAAAGGAUGUCAGUUAAAAAAAGACUUGGACCUUCAGUGACUGAAAAUGAAACACCAAGUAAAAAGAAUAAAAAGAAGGAAAUGGAAUCUGAUCCUGAAAUAUUAGCUAGACGUCAGAAGCAAAUUGAUUAUGGUAAAAACACCCUUGGUUAUGAUAAUUACAUAAAGACUGUACCAAAAGAAACGUACUUCAGAAGAUCCCCAAACACCAAAUAAAUACGUGAAAUAUUCUAGACGCGCUUGGGAUGGGCUGAUAAGAAAAUGGAGAUUGCAGCUUCAUAAAUACGACGAAUCCUAGUUUUAUUUUAAUUUUAUCUUUAUUUGACAUUUCUUUUAUCCAUUUGAUCAAUUUUUUAUAUUUUUGAGUUUGUCAUAUUUACGAGUGAAACUUUCUGAUAAUUCGUAUAUGUGCAAAGGUAGUGGAUAUUAAUGUAUUUUAUUUUUAAAGCAAUAAAAUAUCUAAUAUUUUGCUAA